GGCCAGCUCCAGCUCGCGCGUACAUAGAUCCCUCGAUAGUUACAUAGCCAACCGAAACAAACCAAACAACAACAAAAACAGCACCAAUAACAACAACGACAAUGGGCGUUCCAACUUCCCCAGACCCGUAUCUCGCCGCCGCUUCGAAAAAGAACGGAUUGCCGCCAAAGGGCCAGCCUCACGGUGUCGCUGUCCCGGGCAGCAAGAGGCCUGGCUGCACCGCUGUGUAUCGCCACUACCAUACUGGCGUCGGAGAGUUGCCAAAGACCAUUGAUCCGUCGAUCACCACUAUGUGGGAGGCGUUCGUCUCUGCAUCUUCCAAAUACCCAAACAACAACUGCCUCGGAUGGCGAGAGCAGGAUACCAAGUCAAAGAAAUGGGGCCCGUACAAUUGGAUGGACUACAAAACCGUGCAGAAGCGCAGUGAGAACUUGGGCGCUGGACUGGUCCAGUUGCAUCAACAGGCGGGAGUCACGGAAAAGCAUGUCCCCACCGGUCUUUGGUCGCAGAACAGGCCUGAGUGGCAGAUCACCGACAUCGCGUGCAUGAGCCAAUCGUUGUAUUCUGUCAGCAUCUACGAUACUCUCGGUCCGGAUACGGCGGUGUACAUCAUCAACCAUGCUGAGCUCACUACCGUUGUCGCCAGUCUUGUGCACAUUCCCACAUUGCUGUCGAUAAAGGACCAAUGCCCCGGCCUCAAGGCCAUCGUCUGCAUGGACCCUCUGGUGGGCGAGGGCGAGGCCCCCGGCAACAGCAAGAAGGCAAUCCUCGGGGCCUGGGCCGCCGAGAAGGGCGUAGCACUGUACACGAUGGCCGAAGUCGAAGCGAUGGGUGAGAGGAGCGGGCUGCGGCCCAGCCCUCCCCGCCCUGAGGACGCCAUCACCAUCAACUACACCUCCGGCACCACCGGAUUCCCCAAGGGAGUGCUGCUGAAGCACAGCAAUGCGGUCGCCGCCGCCUCGUGUGCCAUGUCCAGCAACAUGUACCAAACCCCAAAUGACGUGACGCUCUCGUACCUACCACUCGCGCACAUCUACGCCCGUAUCGCCGAGAAUACCACCCUCUGGGGUGGUGGAGCGGUCGGUUUCUUCCAUGGCAAUAUCUCCGAGGUCCUCGAUGACAUCAAGACGCUGCGUCCCACAACCUUCAUCUCGGUCCCGCGCCUUUUCAACCGCAUCUACAACGCCAUCCUCGAAGCCACCGUCGAGCAAGGCGGCAUCAAGGGCGCGCUUUCCCGCCAUGCCCUGGCAGCAAAGAUGGAGCACAUGAAGACGAACGGCAGCAACAGCCACGCCCUCUACGACCGUAUCUGGGCCAGCAAAGUCCGCGCCGCCCUCGGCUUCGACCGCUGCCGCGCUAUGGUCUCGGGCUCGGCCCCGAUCGCUCCUGAAGUCCUGCAGACGCUCCGCGUGAUCUUCGGCAACAACUUCAUCGAAGGCUACGGCAUGACAGAGACGUACGCGGUCGCCCUCGGGCAGUUAGUCCAAGACAACAGCGCCGGCAACUGCGGCCCGCCGUCGAUAACCAACGAGUGCAAGCUCCGCGACGUUGCCGAAAUGGGCUACACCUCAUCCGACUCCCCCAAGCCCCGCGGCGAGCUCAUGAUCCGCGGGCACACCAUCUUCAAAGAAUACUACAAGAACCCCACCAUCACCGCAGAGUCAUUCGACUCCGAGGGCUGGUUCGCAACCGGCGAUAUCUGCAGCAUCGACUCCCUCGGGCGCUUCUCGAUCAUCGACCGGGUCAAGAACCUGCUCAAGCUGGCACAGGGGGAAUACGUGUCCCCGGAAAAAGUCGAAAACGAGUACCUCGCGAACCUGCCGGUGUUCGCGCAGGGGCUCGCCUACGGCGACCCGUUCCAGACGUACCUCGUCGGGGUCUUCGGCGUCGACCGCGCGCACUUUGCCGACUUUGCGGGUAAGGUCCUGAAGCGCACCAUCGACCCUGCGGAUACCGUCGCCAUAGAGAAUGCCUGCGCGGAUAAAAAGGUCCGCAUGGCUGCAUUGAAGGAAAUGGAAAAGGUCGCGAAGAGAGUCAAGCUACAGGGCUUCGAGAAGAUUAGGAACGUUCAUCUGUGUAUCGAUCCCUUCACUAUCGAGAAUGAUCUGUUGACGCCGACACUCAAGAUGAAGAGGAUACCUGCCACAAAGAAGUACAAGGAGAUCCUCGAUGCGCUGUAUGAGGAGACGGAUCGGGAGAAUCCUCAGAAGGCCAAGUUGUAGAGGCCAUCCAGGUUUUGUGGCGGUG